AUGGCAGGAAUUGAUAGAGGAGUUAGUCGUUCACUGAGGAGCGAGGCGUCAGAUAUCGCGGAGCUGGCAGAUGCUUUGGAGCUGGGCCCCAGGUUUUACCUGAUUGGGUUCUCCUUGGGUGGCCAUGCUGUCUGGGCGUCCAUUAAGUACAUUUCAGAUAGGAUUGCUGGAGCUGCUAUGAUGGCACCAGUAAUAAACUACAGAUGGCCUGGGUUCCCGCGGCAUCUAUCAGAGGAGGCUUACAGAAAGCAACAGCCUGGAGAUCAGUGGGCAUUGCGAGUUGCAUAUUAUGCCCCCUGGUUGCUGCAUUGGUGGAUGAAACAGUCGUGGUUGCCUUCCUCCACCGUUUUCAAAGGCAUAACCCAUCUGCCCAACCGCUUGGAUGCACAAGUUCGUGAGUACGCCAUGAAGAAUAGUGGAAUGUUCGAAGAGUUGAGGCGGAAACUUGCCACUCAGCAAGGCAUGCUUGAGUCGUUUUACCGAGACAUGAUGGUGAUGUUCGGGAAGUGGGAAUUUGAUCCGAUGGAUCUCUCGCAACCGCCCUUUCCAGUUCAUCUAUGGCAUGGGGAUGAAGACGGGCUCGUGCCGGUUACUCUACAGCGAUACAUCUGCAGCCGCCUCAGCUGGAUCAACUACCAUGAGCUGAAGGAAACAGGGCACUACUUGGGAGGUGUGCAGAGCUUGGUUGAUGUUGUCCUCAAGACCUUGCUAGUGGUGUCGGUUUCAGCAUGA